CAACAAUUCGCGAUGUUUUGAUCCGGCGGUUGAUCUGAUCGCUACAAAGAAUCGCAUAAUUCAUGCUGCAUUAAGAUGUCAAAUCGAAAGUUAAAGAUUCUGUGUCUUCAUGGAUAUCGGCAGAAUGCCAAGUCCUUCCGAGAGAAGACUGGAGGGUUUCGAAAAAGCAUCAAGAAUGUUGCAGAUUUAGUUUAUAUUGAUGCUCCUCAUGAAAUACCAUUGGAAGAAAAAUCUGACAAUGAUGAAGAAACUUCAUUGGAUUCCAACACAGGGAGAGCUUGGUGGUUUGCAACUGAAGAUUUCAAAUUUAAUGCAAAAACUCCAACAGAAAUAGCACAAGGUUUUGAUGAAUCAGUAGCUUGUAUUAAGAAAGCAUUUGAAACAGAGGGACCAUUUGAUGGAAUAUUUGGAUUUAGCCAGGGUGCGGCGAUGGCAUCUCUGAUUUGUGGUUUAAAAGAAAUCAAAGAGUUUCCAUAUGAUUUUCAUUUUGCAAUCAUAGUAGCUGGAUUUAAAAGUGUGUCACUGUGCCAUCAAAUUUUGUAUGAGAAGAUCAUAAACGUUUCAAGCUUACAUAUCAUGGGAAAGGAUGAUACUUGCAUUCCAAAAGAGCUGAGUGAAGAAUUAGCCUCUCGUUUCCAUGAGCCGCUGAUAGUAUAUCAUGAGGAUGGACAUUAUGUACCAACUGGCAAGAAUGUACGAAGUGAAUACAUGCAAUUUUUAAGAAAUUCUUUAGAACUUGCCAAUUAUCUUGCGCAUGGUAAUUUUAUUCCCUCUGAGCAGUACGGGUUUCGUAAAGGUCAUUGCACAAUGGAUCAGGUCUUAUUUUUUGGCCAGAAUAUCAGGGAUGCUCAUAACUUGAGUCCCACCAAUCAUACAAUUGCUGCCUUUCUGGAUCUAUCUAAGGCCUUUGAUAGGGUCUGGAAGAACAAGCUUAUUUGCAAACUUCAUACUAUUUUCAAUAUAAGUGGGAAGAUGCUGCCUUGGCUGGCUGAUUUCCUAAGAGCUAGAUAUAUACGCGUGAAAUUUAGAGACAUCAUUUCAAGCAAAGUCAGACUAAGUCAAGGUAUACCACAAGGAUCUGUACUCAGCCCCACCCUGUUCUCCUUAUUUAUAACCGGAAUCGAGAUUGGGGAUAAUACUAAGAAAUGUACAGGACUGUAUGCUGAUGAUAUAAUUAUCUGGAGCACCAGCGGAAGUCUAACUACUGCUCAAGAGGACAUCAACUCUUCUCUCGUUGAACUCGAGAAGUUUGCUAUAGAGCACAAAAUUAUAUUCAAUCCUUCUAAGUCUGUUGCAAGAAAGUAUCGAGGCAAAUGCAUUGCUCUGAGCGUUAAUGACAGCGAAAACGAGACGCAUUUCUCAUAA